AUGGGGGAUAAAUAUAAGAAAAGUAAAGGCAACGCCGGCCUCGAAGGGAUACAAUUUCAGUUGGAUCUGCUGACCGUGUCUUUACUGAACGCCUUCCACAGCCGCAAGGACUGGAAAAUCUCUUCGGAGAACCAAGACGCGGGAAAAUACGACGAUCUCGUAUUCGAACUACCCGACAGAAACGUCUUGUUGCAGGCCAAAUUCAAGCAGAACAAGAAGGUGAACAGGGACCAACUCUUCUCGUGCAACUCCAAAAACGCCGACUUUAGCCUGCCUAAAUACUUUUUGUCGUAUCUUGAGAUCGCUCCUAAAUUCAGAGAGAAGACCGUUAUUAUCUGCACCAACACGGAAAUCGAUGCGAAAGGCUUAGAGAGUGCUUUAACUUGCCAUCGUGUCGGUCCCGACAGCAUGCUGCACUACCAGGGGGCCGCUUGUACAUUUUUUACCUUCAAUAACAACGUUUUACCCGAUUUGAAAGCAAGCGCGAAAAUUUACCUCAAGAAGAAUUUGCAAGGCAAAGGCAUUGACAAAGCGUUAAUAACGGAGGAAAGCAUUUCGGAUUUCCUGGAAAAUCUACAAAUCUUCCCCAAUUUUCCCAGCGGGGACGAACUGCACAGAAUCAUCGAACGGUUAUUGUCUCGUUUGGACAAAUCAAGUUUAUGGAGCGAAACGUCGUAUCACGAAAUCUACAGGAAGGUAGAGGAUUGGUUCAAGCAACCGAAGGGAGAGUAUCUGACGGAAAUUCGCGCUAAAGAAAUGCUUUGCGAGAUAAAGAGCGACAAGUACUGCGAAUCGUUGAAGAACUACAAAGUAUCGUUUAAGCGUAACGAUCUCGGCUUCACGGAUACGAGAAGGUUAAUUCACGUGACGACCGAAGGCGGUUAUUUAUUGCAAACGUUAAAAAUUUUCCGUGCCCUGGAAGACAACAAAAGCAGAAAACUCUAUGUGAAUCCCAAUGACGGUCCCGAAGUGCAAAAGGAGGUGAUAGAAGCCUUCAACCUCCACCGUUUCACCUUUUUGGUAAUGCCUUGCACCGGAAUCAUGGACGAAGCUUCUACAAAGGAAAUAAGCGGUAAACUAAGCGAAAUAUUGGAGAAAAACAAGUACAAGAAAGUUAUUUUAGUUGCCGAGAAUAACAACACACUAAUUCAGCACAUUGGAUUGCCCGAUAUUUCUCAAGUCGACGGGUCUGUAACGUUCGAGGACCUCUCCAAGGAUUCGCAAGAGAGACUGCUUAAAAACGAAAAUAUAACGUUUCAAGGCGAGAAGAUCAGCCUAGAAGAACUACUCGUAACGCGUACGACCGAAGAUUAUACGAAAUCCCUAGACUGUACGAUGUUGGACAUGCUGGUUAGAAGGGAGGAAGUUAAAGUGGGGGUGCGGCCUUUGGAUUUGGACGAGGAAACGGCUCGGUGCUACGUCCAUCGCACUUUCGAAAGGGAAAUCAAUAAAACGGAGGCCGAGAUAAAGAGUCGUAGGAUGAAAGAAACUUUUCCGGAGGAGCGCAUUUUUUUCGAGGACGAAAAGCUGAUGCUCAUCUCGGACAUCGCGGGCAUGGGCAAAACCACGAUCCUCACUAAAGUGGCCGUCGCCAUAAAAGACGAGAACCCCCACUUGUGGGUGAUCAGGAUCAACCUCAACGCUUACACGAAGAUCCUAAACGAUUCGUUGAGGAAGUACAGGAAGACGAUACGCGUAACGGAGCUGUUGAACUCCAAAGAGCACACCAAGCUGUCGAAUCGUUUCGAGAAACUGGUUUUUUCGAUGAACGGGAAGGUCGUUCUACUGCUGGACGGAGUGGAUGAGAUCAGUCCGGACUACACGGGGUUGAUAUUCGGGCUGCUCGCUCACUGCCAAGAAGCCCCUAACUUUGCUAAAAUAUUCGUAACCACGAGACCGCACAUAACGGAGCGUUUGAAGGGGAUUUUACGGGUGAGACCGCUUACAAUGCUGCCGUUUACCAGGUCGAACCAAGUCGACUUCCUCACGAAAUACUGGACAUACAACUUCCAGCUGAACGAUGCCGACAAAGAUAAAUGCGAACGGUACGCGGAAGCGCUGAUAGAUAAGAUGUCUCUGUGGAUAAAAUCGUACGGGUACUGGGAAAACCAAUUCACGGCGUUGCCCUUGCAGGUCAGGAUGCUAGCGGAGAUAUUCCAGGAGAAUAUUUGGCGGAACGAGUCGGAGGAUUGGAAGGGGUGCAAAGAGCACUUGACCGGGGACGAUCCCGAACCGAAACUGCCCGAAAAGUUCAACAUCGCCAGACUGUACGACAUGUUCAUCGAGAAGAAGCGAGAGGUGUUCAUCGUCAAAGGGAAUCCGAGCGGGAACACGGCGGCGAACCUAGCGCUGGUCGACCAGUUCGACGAAAGCCUUUGCUACCACCGCAACCUCGCCUUGGAAAUCGUCCUGAGGGAAUCCGAACUCGAUUUGUUCGCGAAUUGCUGCAAGAGCGACAAAAACAUGAAGGAGUACGCCCUGAAGAUAGGGAUCGUGCAAAAAUCCAGCGACGAGUUCCAAUUCGUGCACAGAACGUUUGCAGAAUACUUCGUCGCCGAUUGUAUACUGAGAGAGCUGCAAAGUCGAAGCCCCAACCUCGCGUUUCAGAGAUUCCUGAUCGACGAAAUAUUACGGAGGAGCAAAUUCGCUGUCGUACGGGUUUUCCUCGACAGAUUCCUACAAAGAGUCGUAGACUUCUUUCCGGCUAAUAUCUUCAAAUGCUACAAAUCGUUCGCGUAUAAAACCGACUCUAACCUCCUGUUGAAACUCGCCGGAGAGGGAUGCGUAGCGACGCUCCGCCUCGUCCUGAAAAGCGUAGACUUCAAAAUCAUCACAGGAAAAGACAUAAACGUGGGAGAUUGGCGCGUUAAAGUAAAACUCAAGAAGAGCAACGCCCUAAACGACUUGCAGGUCCUUACGCGAAAGGCCGGCGUCAACGUUAAAGACGAGAACGGGGACACGCCGCUCCACCACGCUGUAAAACGGGGCCACUGGGAGAUGACCAAGUACCUAAUCGAGCAAGGCGCCGACGUCAACAUCAGAAACCACGACCGGAGCACCGCGCUGCACUUCGCCGCUUCUUUAGGCCACCUGGAGAUCGUCAAGUACCUCGUCGGGCUCGGCGUGGACGUCGGCAUCAGGGACAACUAUGGUCGCACCGCGCUACACCUGGCCGCGCAGAGAAGCGAGUUGGACGUUAUAAAAUACUUCGUGAAAGACGACACCGAUCUCAGCAUUAAGGAUCGCAGGGAGAGCACGGCGUUGCACUUUGCCACUGGGUGGAAGUACAGAACUAUGUUUUACCUUCAAGAGGUGAACAUAACCGUCGACUCCGUAAAUGCCGACGUCCAACGGAACGAGUUGAACACGGAGAAAUACCUGGCGGAAAGCGGCGUGGAGGUCGUCAAAGACGACAAGGGCUCCACGGCGCUGCACCUAGCCUCGGAGUGGGGCAAGCUGAACAUCGCGAAGUACCUGGUGGAGCGCGGCGUCGACGUCAACGACAGGACCAGCGACGGACGUACGGCCUUGCAUUUUGCCGCUCUGUGGAACAAACUGGACAUCGUCGAAGACCUCGUGGAGAAGGGUGCCAACGUGAACCUUAUAGACAGCGAGGAGCACACUCCCCUGCAUUUCGCCGUCAAGGGGGGUAAAUUAGACGCCGUCAAGUACCUGGCGGAGCACGGGGGAGACGUUAACGCUAGAGAUGUCGACGAUCGCACGCCGUUUCACUUUGCCGCCGAGGAGGGUAAGCUGGACAUCGUCGGGUACCUCGUGGAAUGCGGCGUGAACGUCAACGACAGGGACCGUCGGGGAAGGACGGCGCUGCACUUUGCCAUUGAGUUUUCUUGUAAGAAACGUCACUUGGAUGUUGUGGAGUAUCUCGUGGGAUGUGGCGUGGAUGUUAACUUUAAAGACAGCUCGGGCAGUACGGCGCUUCACCACGCCGCACGGUGGGGCAAGUUGGGUGCCGUCAGGCGUUUGGUGGGCGCCGGUGUCGACGUGAACGCUACGGAUGGUCGUAGCCGUACUGCGUUGCAUUUUGCUAUUCAGGAGAAUAAAAUUAAUACCGUAAACUACCUCGUAGAGUGCGGUGCGGAUGUCGACGUUAUCAGAGAUGCCAGUGGCGUCAGGUAUCUCCAGCAGAUCGGUGUGGAUGUUGGUUCUGCAAGUAGCGAAUCUGCGAUGAAGAUGGAACAGAAUUACAAGAAGAGUAAAGGGGAUGCCGGCUUGGGAGGAGUGCAGUUUCAGUUGGACCUUGUGAUUGUGUUUUUAUUGAACGCCUAUCACAACCAUAAAGACUGGAAAAUCUCUUCGGAAAACCCGGCCGCGGGAAAAUACGACGACCUCGUAUUGGAACUGCCUGGCCGAAGCGUUCUGCUGCAGGCCAAAUCCAAACACACCAAGAAAGUCACCAGGGACCAACUAUUUUCGAGCAACUCCAAAAACGUCGACUUUAGUCUUCCCAAAUACUUUUUGUCGUAUAUCGAGAUUGCCGAAAAAUUUGGAUCAAAGACAGUUAUUAUCUGCACUAACGCAGAAAUCAAUCCGAAGGGCUUGGAGACAGUUUUAGCUCCCCAUGAGGUUGAUUGUAACAGCAUGUUGUAUUACAAAGGGGCUAAGUAUCAUACAAUUAAUAUUAAUGAAAAUGUCCUGUCCGAAUUGGGGGGUAGUGCUGUGGCUUACCUUGGCAAAAAUUUGCAAGGAAAGGGCAUUGAUGAAACGGUUAUAUCGAAAGAAAAUAUGGAGGAGUUUCUGGGGAAUUUACAAAUUUUCUCCGGUUAUCCAAACGGAAAAGCAUUGGAGAAAAUCAUCGACCAGUUACUGUCCCGCUUGAAUCAGUCCAAACUGUGGUGUGGGAUAACCUACCACGAAAUCUAUAGGAAAGUAGAAGAUUGGUUCCAGCAACUAACUGGUGAACAUUUGACUGAAUUUAGAGUUAAAGCGAUGCUGUGCGAAAUAAAAAGCGAGAAGUAUUGUGAAUCGUUAAAAAACUACAACGUGGAUUUUGAACGCAACCAGAUGGAGUUCACGGGUUCGAGUAGAAUAUUUCACGUCAAGUCUGACGGAGGGUGUUUGUUACCGACGUUGAAAAUAUUCAAUGCCCUACAGAACGAUAAAUGUAGAAAACUGUAUGUGAAUCCCGCUGAGUCUAUCGAAGUGCAGAAGCAGGCAGUGGAAGCCUUUAAUCUACGCCGCUAUACCUACUUCAUAAUGGUUUGGGACAAAAUUGAAAACGAAAUCGUAAGAAGAGAAAUAAUUGGGCAAUUGAAGGAAAUAUUAGAAAGAGAACCGUUCAAGAAGGUUAUAUUGGUUGCUCAGAGCAACAGCGAACUGACAGACAUUUCCCAAGUCGAAGUAUCCGAAAAGUUCGCAGACCUCUCCAAGGAUUCUCAGGACAGGUUGCUGAAGAACAGAAUCGUAAUGUUUCAGGGUAAAACUAUCAGUCUAGAAGAGCUACUAGCGCCGCAUACGAUCGAGGAUUACGCGGAAUCUUUCGACCGUGCAAUGUUGGAGAAAUUAAUCGAAGGGGAGGAAAUCAAAGUGGGGUUACGACCUUUAGAUUUGAACGAGGACACUGCUGGGCACUACGUACGUCGCAGGUUCGAGAGAGACGUCGACGGGACGCAGAAGGAACGCGAAACUUUCUCGGAGGAAAGCGUUUUCGAUGUAGAAGGAAAAAUGAUAGUAAUAUCGGAUAGCGCCGGGAUGGGCAAGAGCACCGUCCUCACCAACAUGGCGGCUUGUAUAAAAGAAAAGUAUCCCCACUUUUGGGUUAUUAGGAUCAACCUCAACGACUAUGCGAGCGUUUUAAGGGACUCACUGGAAAGGGGCACAGACACGAUCAGUCGCGUAGAACUGUUGGAUUCUCGGGAAGCCACUAAACUGUCGAAUUGUUUCGAAAGGUUCGUUUUUUCGAUGAACGAAAAAGUAGUUCUAAUGUUGGACGGGGUUGAUGAAAUCAGCCCCAAUUACAUCGGCAUGAUAAUCCGUUUACUAUAUUGGUGCCAGGAAGAUUCCAACUUUAAAAAAAUCUUCGUGACCACGAGGCCCCACAUGACUGGAGAAUUGAAAGCAGUUUUGAAAGUUGACAGUCUUUUUACUAUGCUCCCUUUGACGAGAUCAAACCAGGUAGACCUCCUUACAAGGUGUUGGUCAAGCAAUUUGCAGUUGGACGCCACGAAACAAGAUAGAAUUAAGCGGUACGCGAACAAACUAAUAGACAAAAUGACUUUGUGGAUGCAUCACUACCAGGGUCUCUCAAGAAACCCCUUCGCCGCGAUUCCCCUGCAAGUGAGGAUGAUGGCGGCGAUCUUUCAAGAAAAUCUAAUGUGGAUGGGAUCGACGGAUUGGGAAGGGUGUAAGGAGUACUUGAGCGGAGACGGAGCAGAACCAAAGUUUCCCAAAAAAAUGAAUAUCGCAAGAUUAUAUGAAAUUUUUAUAAAAAUAAAACUCGACGUCUUCCUGCACAAGGAGAAUCCUAGCAGAAGCACAAUAACAAACCAAGCGCUCAUCAACCAAUUUAAGGAGUCUCUUGUUUGCCACGGCAGACUUGCCGUACAGAUAAUCUUCAAUGAUACAAAUGUAGACUCGCACACAAGUUGCUGCGUAGGCGACGAAGACAUGGAAGAAUUCAUAUUAGAUAUAGGAAUCGUGCAAAGAUCGUCCGACGGAUUCCAGUUCGUGCACAGGACAUUCGCUGAAUACUUUGCCGCCGCAAGCAUAUUACGAGAGUUGCGACUUAACAAUCCGAAAGUCGAGUUUCAGAGGUUCUUCAUCGACGUGGUGUUACAAAGUACUAAACUCGAAGUUGUCCGCGCUUUCUUGGACAAUUUACUGCGGGAAACUGUAGACGAUUUACCUUCUGGUAUUUUUAAAAGUUAUUACGCCUCCACGCAUCAUACCGGUUCAUAUCUCAUUUUCCAACUUUCGACGGAAGGAUGCGUGUCGAUUUUGAAGCUCAUCCUAAAAGCCAUAGAUUUCAGAAUUAUUAGAGGUAAAACGGUUAGCACGAAAUACCUUAAAAGGGAGGAGAAAACUAACACGCUGAAAAGUUUACAAAUCCUCGUGCGACAGGCCGGAAUAAACAUUAGAAACGAAUGCGGAGAUACACCACUGCACAGCGCUUGCAGCACUGGCCAGUUGGAGAUGAUGGAGUUCUUAAUAGAGCAAGGCUCGGACGUCAACGUUAGAGACGUUCUAGGUGACACGCCUCUGCACACGGCUAUUAUUUGUAGUAACUUAGACACGGUAAAGUGUCUCGUGGAACACGUCGCACUCGUCAACUCCAGAGGUAACACUCCCAGCCCGGUAGUGAUGUGUUUGGAUGACGAUGACGAAGACGAAAGUGCGAACUCUGACGUUAACGUUGCGGGAAAGAACGUAGAUUUUAGCGUUAGGAACAAUAAAGGCCACACGGCACUCUAUACUGCCGUUAAACUAGGUUUUCUGGACAUCGUUAAAUAUCUAACGGAGCAGGGUGCGGACGUUAAGACUACCGACCACAGAGGUCGCACGCCGUUGCAUGCGGCCGCCGAUGUGCAUGAUCCGGACGCUAUGGGACACCUUGUGACGCACGGAGCAAAUGUCAACGCUAAAGACAAUCGAGGUCGCACGCCCUUGCACGUAGCUGUUAGUAGGUGCCAGUUGGACUCUGUGAUGUGCCUCGUAGCAAACGAUGCGGAGGUUAACGUGGGAGACGAAAGAGGUCGCACGCCCUUACACAUAGCGGCCAACAGAUGUAAAUUACGCGCUGUCGAAUAUCUCGCGACGCACGGAGCAAGUGUUAAGGUUGAAGGCGAUAAAGAUUUCACGACGCCUCAUUUGGCUGCUGGUGGGUGUAAAUUGGACAUUGUCGAAUAUCUCAUAGCAAGUGGUGCGGAUUGUAACAUUACGGACAAUGAUGGUCGUACGGCGUUGGAUUUAGCUGCUUCGGCUGGUGGAUCGGACAAUAUCGAGAAACCUGGGGAACUUGACGCUGGACAAGAAUGAAGGUUUCUGGUGAUAUUUAAAUAAACACGUAUCUUCAGAGAAACGAUUAGAGGCAUAAUUAGUUGAUUUUAUUCUUAGAACUCAAUAAUAUGCUGUACCAGUUGGUUGAGAAA